AUGUCAGACAAAGAAGCUGUUCCUGGGUACGAUGCACCAGUAGAAGCAUUGGAAGAUGCCGAGUCUGGGAUCCCCCAUCAAAACGGCGAGAUCAGCGAGGCAAAGUCCAAGCAACUGGUGCGCCGGCAGGACUAUCGCAUCAUCCCGCUAUCCGCGGCGAUCUACCUGCUAUGCUACCUUGACCGUUCCAAUAUCGGAAAUGCCAAGGUACUGAACUCGACCACCGGCGAUGAUCUGCUUACCCGCACCCACAUGACCGCCUACCAGUAUACCAUCGCUCUGAUGAUCUUCCUCAUCGCCUAUGCCAUAUUCGAAGUCCCAUCAAAUUACUUCCUCAAGAAGGUCAGGCCCAGCCGAUGGAUCGCAUUUCUUAUGCUGUCAUGGGGUUCCAUCACGGUGGGGUUUGCUGGCGUCCAAAGCUAUGCUGGGGUUGUCGUUGUGCGAUUUCUACUUGGUGUGUUUGAAGCAGGUCUCUUCCCCGGUCUGGUCUACUACUUGACAUUCUGGUAUCGACCUGAAGAGAGAUCCAUUCGAGUUGCAGCGAUUCUGGCCUCGGCAACACUCGCUGGCGCGUUCGGCGGAGCCAUUGCUUAUGGCGUAGGCCACAUGAAUCAGGUCCAAGGCCUAUCAGGGUGGAGAUGGCUUUUCAUUCUGGAGGGGCUUCCGUCGAUCCUAUCGGCUUUCUUCGUGUGGUUCGCACUCCCAGACUACCCCGAGACCGCUUCGUGGCUUUCUGCGGAGGAAAAGGCGCUCGCUGCUCAGCGGCUUUCUGGACUCGGCUCUCAAGGUAGUAGUGCGGCAAUGACAUGGGCUGAUGCGAAGUCAACACUCCUGGAAUGGAGAUUGUGGUGCCAUUAUAUUAUAUACUUUGGAAUUUCCGUCCCUUUUUCGAGCUUGUCUCUCUUUACGCCAUCAUUGACAGCUGGCCUUGGUUUUGAAAACUUGAAUGCUCAGCUCAUGACUGUCCCUCCGUAUGCAUGUGCAUAUGUUGUUACCCUUGCGGCUUCAUGGUCGGCAGACCACUUCAAUGCCCGUGCACUUCAUUCCUCCAUAUUCUCCCUUCUUGGGGCGGUCGGUUUCAUCGCUUCUGCCACACUCCCCCCGCAUGCGUAUAGUGCUCGUUAUGGAUGUCUCAUUAUCGCAGCCUCGGGCUCUUUUGCCUGUAUUCCUCCACUUCUUGGGUGGCUUUCCUCUAAUCUGCAUUCGACGGCGUCUAUCGGGUUGGCAAUUGCCCUCAAUAUCUCGAUGGGCGCGCCCGGCCAAAUCGUCGGUGUAUGGAUCUAUAAGGCAGAGGAGGCUACCAAGGGGUACCCGAUGGGUCACUGGAUCAAUGCCGGCUUCUUGCUCAUGGUCUCCGUGGGGUGUCUCUUGAUGCGAUUCUAUUACACGACGAGGAACAAACGAGCUGUCGGCACCGAACAAAAGGUGUUUAAGUAUUGA